AACUUUGGCAUCUUUAAACAUCCCGGCAAUUCCGCCCUGCUCGGAUCAAACCCGAACCUCCCCGCGACCGCCGAUACUCCCAGCUCCGAAACCCCCGAUCCCAUCGCCGCCAGCACCGGUGGGCGCGCUAAUGGCUCCCCCAUCGUUGAGCGAUUGACGGGGAUGGGGCUGAAGCAGAUCCAGUGGCUUGGGAAAUGCGAAGCCGAACGCAUUGUUCGCGGCACCUACGAUGUCCCCGCCAACGAGGGGGGCAACUACGGCCUGGUUUUCGACAAUACCUUUUCCAAGCAGAUCUCCAAAACCGUGACCCUCGCCCUGCUCACCUAUCCGACCGCUCUGCCGCCGCAAUCGGUGCCAGUGCCCCACGCAGCCAGUCAACCGCAGCCGGGGAACGCGGACUCGGCAGCGAUAGCCGACGCCGGAAAGCCGGUGCCAUCACGCCGUCGGGGGAACAGCAUGCUGCCUCCGCCGCCGCCCUCACGACCCAGUGAGAUUGACUCAGCUCCAACUUACACCGGGUUGCUGCAAAAGCGCAGACGAAAGCGGCACCAGGGUUGGGCACGCCGCUAUUUUUCCCUCGACUUCACCUCUUCUACGCUCUCAUACUACCACGACCGGAACUCGUCUGCGUUGCGCGGCUCUAUCCCUCUUAAUUUGGCCGCGGUUGCCUGUAACCAGCAGUCGCGCGAGAUCUCGAUUGAUUCGGGAACCGAGGUUUGGCAUCUCCGCGCCAGCAAUGAUCAGGAGUUUGCUGCUUGGAAGCGUGCAUUGGAGCGGGCCUCUUCUUCCAAAAACUCGGCCGAUGAUCCCAACCACCCGUCUGAGACGCUGUUGCGGGUCCCCUCUCAGCGCGUGCUCUCCAAUGCUUCUGAUGAACGAGAUUGGGAGCAAGUGGAGAAUUUGGUCAGCAAGGUGUCCGGUACGCGCGAUGCCGUCCGGCGCCUGGCGAAGGAUACGGAUCCGAAAUAUCUAGGCCCGGAUCGGCCCCGCGGCCGCUCUCCGAGCCCUCACCGUACCCCAACCGACAUGAGUGGAGAAGAGCCCAACGAUGGCCGGCGGCCUUUUUGGAGGCGCAAGAGCAGUGCCACCGUUCAGCCUAGCGUCAAGCGCAGCACCACCAUGAAUUCUAUGUCCUCGCAGCUGGCCAUUCCGGGAGCCUUUGAUUCAUCCUCGGUCCAUGGCGACCGCAAACCUGGCAGCAUCACCAGCCACCCCGAUCAUAUGGACGAGAUUCACGAGCAUCUAAUGGCCGUCCUGCGGGAUCUUGAUCACGUCGUCAGCGAGUUCUCCAAUCUGAUCGCUGAGACCAAGCAUCGCCGUCGUCCGGCCGGCCGGUCAGUGCAGUCACGGCAUAGCUUCGAAUCCGAUAUGUCACAGGAGUUCUUCGAUGCUGUUGAUGAUGGCCAUACAUCGCCCUUGCUCACCAUUCAGGGGGAUAACAAUAGCGAGGACGAGGAUUCGCGCGGCGAUCAAACAACUGGUACCGCCGUAUCCUCACCACCGGCAAAGGAAGACGCCGUCACGGACGAUGCGCCCUCGGACAGCGAUGAUGACGAAACGAUUGCGGAGGAGACAGGUGACGGUCACGAUCAGUCCUCGCCUCUCUUUCCAGUGAGGCCCAAGUCGCUCACGCCUUUGCCUCUCAAACCGGUGCCCAGGCGCGAGAAUAUUACUGCGCCAACGGUGAUGCCGCCGAGUUUGAUCGGAUUUCUACGCAAGAACGUCGGCAAGGACCUGUCCCAGAUCUCGAUGCCCGUCUCCUCUAAUGAGCCUCUUUCUUUGUUGCAGCGAGCUGCCGAGGUCCUCGAGUAUUCAACAUUGCUCGACAAAGCUGCCAGCAUCUCCGAUCCAGUGGAACGGCUCGUAUAUGUGACCGCGUUUGCAUUGUCGCCGCUGUCUAGCAACCGCGUCCGGGAGCGCGCCAUCCGUAAACCUUUUAACCCUAUGCUCGGCGAGACUUACGAGCUAGUUCGAGAGGAUCUAGGAUUCCGAUUCAUCGCCGAGAAGGUCUCCCAUCGACCCGUUCAACUCGCCUACCAAGCCGAUGGCCCGGAAUGGAGCCUGACACAAUCACCCAUGCCCACCCAAAAGUUCUGGGGUAAAUCCGCUGAGAUUGUCACGGAGGGUCGCAUACGACUGACGCUCCAUACGACCGGGGAGCAUUACAGCUGGGCCUCGGCAACCUCGUUCCUGCGCAAUAUCAUCGCUGGCGAGAAGUAUGUGGAGCCAGUCGGCGAAACCACCGUUGCCAACGAGACGACCGGUCACAAGACUGUCUCAACAUUCAAAGCCGGCGGCAUGUUCUCGGGUCGCAGUGAAGAAAUGAGCACCAAGUCCGUGGACGCUGGUGGCCGCGAUCUCGGCCUCGGUUUGACUGGCACUUGGACGACCUCUCUGCAACUCACCAAGAACGGCUCCCCGACCGGCACAACGGUUUGGAAUGCGGGCCCGCUUGUCCCUAACGCUCCCAAGCACUACGGACUGACAGCGUUUGCGGCGACCCUGAACGAGGUCACCCCGAUCGAGGCGGACCAACUCCCUGCGACCGAUUCGCGUCUGCGACCGGACCAGCGUGCGCUCGAGGACGGUGAUGUCGACCGUGCCGAGGAGUUGAAGGUCCAGCUUGAGGAAGGGCAGCGGGCCCGUCGGCGGGCGAUGGAGUCAGCUGGUGAGCAGUGGAUGCCGCGCUGGUUUGCACAGGUGGACAACACGCCCGAGGGCGGUGAGGUCACAUGGCGGCUGAAGUCUGGGAAGGAAGGCUACUGGGAAGAGAGGGCUAAGGGAGCCUGGACGGGCGUCGUGCCGGUCUUUAAGGCCUGAGGCUCGACCCUCUCUCCCCCUGCCUACCUUUUACACAUGCAUAUCUCGGUUUCUGCUACAAUUAUCGACAUACAAGGUAGACCUAGGCUGGAAGACUCAGUUGUACUCAUUGACUAUGCUAGCUAGCAACAUGUAAUUCCAACAACUCGAAGCACACUAUGCUAAUGAAGAAACACAACCCUAACUCAGGAAAUCGCUCUGCGGUACCACACUAUCCAGUGUGACUGACAGACUAAAUGAUAAACUGAGACUGGGGAUCGGGGAACAUAGG